AUGUCUUCGGACAGUCCUCCCUCAGAUCUAGAAAUUCUCACUCUUACGGUGACUAAUCCGGGUACAGCUGUUGAUAAAGUUGUCGAUGAUGAUGCAGCAGUGGUUGAUUCCGGUCCCUCUAUUGUAUUCCCAAAAGGAGCUCCUCUCCCUAAGGUUGUAAAUCCCUCCUCGGUCCCGCUCUCAAUACCCUCUUCCUCCGCAGUUCCUUAUGCGUCAAGGAUUAAGGUUUCUCUUAGGAAUCUGAGGAAAAUGGCUCCUCCAACUUACCUCGACGAUGGAACCUCGGUGGUUCAGGCUCCGGAAUCUCUUCACCUCAAGGCUUCGGAAAUGUGGAAAGACCACAUUAUUUCUCAAUUUCAUGGUCUUCUACCUCCUGCCUCAGUUGUUUUCGCUAACUUGAAUCCCAUUUGGGCCUCGCUGGAGUUGCCAGAAUUGGUUUCUGCUUCUACUUGGGUGGUUUUGAAGAACGUUCCUCCGAUGCUAUAUUCUCUGGAUGGAAUCAGUGUCAUAACAAGUGCAAUUGGCGAACCUCUACAUGCAUAA